AAAUUACAUCACGAACAACAAAGUCAGAGACUUUCUGAUGAGAAUGGAACAAAUUAGAAGACAUAAGACAAAGUACACUUCGCCAAAUACAUUUACGUGGUCUGCUAAUCAAACCACUAACGCUAGAGUCCCGCCUGAUGCAUAUUGGAAAUAUACUCAAAGAAGCAAUCAAGAUGCCACUGAUAAAAAUACCAGACGUCAUCAAAGUCCUAUGCCAGACUCAACGGUGAGCUAUUAUUCUUCUGCAAAUUCUUACAAGCCUUCUAAAUAUAACGCUUAUCCAUGUUCGACGCAUCCGAAAGAUCCAUCUGCUCUUUAUACAGAAGUACCACAGCGAUACCAACAAAUUACUACAAAAUCUAAUAGAAAUAAAGAUCAUAUUAAUAACGUUGCUGUUAUAAAUAAAGAUCGAUACAAGACUCAACAAGAAGAUGAAAAUAAUAUAGACUAUAAUGACGAAGAACUAGGAAAUUUUACAGAAGAUAACUUAGAAGAAGAUACUGAAGUGGAAGCAAAGAAUGAUCGGUCCCUUCGAAGCAGCAAAAGAGUCGACGAGUCUACCAAUAAGGAUUAUAAUGAACAGGAAGCAGACGAUGAAAUAGAUGAAGAAUCUGAUGCACCUACUGAAACAGAAGCAAUGCAACGCAAUUCAGUUAAAAAAGAAGCAUUACAGCGAGCACAACGAAUGCGACUGAUUAAUCAAUUACAAGAUCCACAUAAAAUUCGUUAUCCUCAGCAAUCUCCAAAACAGUAUCAGGCUUAUUAUUCACCAACAAGGUAUUAUCACAACACACCUGAUCAUGAAACGUUGUCGGAAGAAGAUAUGUACACGGUUCAAGCAUUGAAAAAUCCCCCACGAAGAUCAUUAAUGGGUUAUCCUCAAAAUUGGAUUCCACAAAGAAAUGCAACAGAUCGAUAUGACACCUUGCUAACUCAGCCGUGUCGUCGAGCAUGGACGAGACCAGAAGCAAAGUCUUUUACGGAAGCAGAACUUACUGAUAGGAAAAAGUGUAGCCGUUGUGGUAAUAUCUCAACCAAGAAAUUAUCAACUUCGAGAAGGGACAAUAGGUUCCAGGAUAAUCCUAAUUUCUCGACUAAGACGCACUUUGGCAAUGAUGCGAAGAUACUUGAUCAAUCCUGGUGCGGCCAUUGUAAACCGAAUCAUCAUUUUGAAAGAAAUAUGGGGCAUUAUGAAAUUCCAACACCGGCUUUGUAUUCGAUGAAAUCACGACGUUCCAGAGAUACUAAUAUACCAAUGCAUGAAACGUUAGAGAAAAAACAUCCAGUAGACGAGAUAUCGCACGAGUUCGCACGGAUGUCGUCCGGAUAUACCAAAGAUACGCCAAACACUUUAUAUGACAGAACUAGACAUUCUGUGCCAACAACACAACCCGCAAAUAGAAUAUCUGCUCGUUACAAUACUUAAAUAUUCUUUUUUAAUUUUGUCACUUUUAUAAGCCAAUGUAAGAGAUCAAGAAAAUUAGUAAAUUAUAGAUAAAAUAUAAAUAAAUUUUCUUUCUAUUUAAAUUAUUUUUAAAAAAUAUAACAUUGUUAGAACAUAAUAAAACUUGUUCUUUGUCUACACUUUUUACAGUAAACCUUUUAAAACAACUUUGAAAAAUAACACUGUGUGUUAUAAUAUGAAAUUUUCUGAUUAUAUUAAAAAGAAUGAUCUUAUUAUCUUUUGUGAGAGCAAAAAGGUAUUUACAAACAAAAAAUUUUUAAAUUAAAUUGCGACUUUUAGAUUGUCCUUUACAGAAUAGCAUUAGAUUCUGUAAAUGAUGAUAAAUCUGAUAAAAUAUAAAAUGAUCGAGAAUUGAGAGAUAUGAUGAAACAAGAAAUAACAUUGUACUUCAUAACAAUCACAAAUGCUACAACAAUACCUUUAUUCUAGUUUCCUUCUACCAUUUGUCUAACAUAUAUUUUUGUAACUGUCUUUCAAAUCGUGUAGAUGUAUUCUGUGUAGUGUAAUUAAAAAGUUAUGCCACAAGGGCAUAAAAAAAUUAGUUUCGCAAUGUACAUACAAAUUAAAUAAAACUGAUAGAGUUGAUGAAGCGAUUUAAUAUUCUUUUUCUCAUUGUAAUUUUACAAAGAUAAACGUCACUUUAUGUCUUUUGGCACUGGCGCACAAAAUCUACUGUAAAUAUGUGAUACUAUUAUAUAAUUAAUUAUAUGAUAGACGUACGCGUACAUGUUAAACAGAGAAUAAACUCUCAAUCUGUACAUUAAACAUAAAUGGUUUAAUUAAUCCCAAAUUAAUAUCCAUACCUAAAUUUAUGUUAUUUUUUAUAAUUAUUUGAUAUAUCUUUAUAUUUGAUAUUGAUUUUUUUUACAAAUGGUGUAAGAUAAAAUUACAACACAACAAGUAUUAUUCAAUAAUAAUUUAAUAUUGUCAAAAAAAUUAAAUUAGACAAAUAUAUAUUUAUAAUAAAAUAUAUGUGACUACGAAAUGUGUAGUAAUAAUGUAACUGAGAGAAGAAUCAUCUAUAUCUUGUAUGAGUUUUGAAGUAAUUUUUGCUCCGCUCAAAA